GAGCAGAGACGGGCGGUGAGCAGAGACGCAGGUUCUGGUCAGGAUGGGCAGAGGCUACACUGUUGAGGAGUCUGUGGAGAAAUAUCUCACCAGCCUCUCAGCAGCUGCUGGAUCCUGCAAGACGGGACUUUUGAUUGGCCAGUGCUCAGCACAGAAGGACUUUGUGGUGCUGGCAGUGAAGACUCCUCACCGAGAGAGCGAAGGGGCCUCAGACAGCCGGAGAGUCUUAGGGCCGCUGGAUGAUAUUGAUGCAGAUUGGGUGGCUGAGCAUGCCAGGCAGGUUUCUCGGAUGUUACCUGGAGGCGUGAACGUCCUCGGCUUGUUUCUGAUCACCCCUCCUGAGCUCUCGAAAGAAGCACAAAACAAGCUGAAAGGGCUUAUCUUUGCUGUGGAUAAAUGCAUAUCUAAGAGCAGACUGUGGGAUCUGUCCGAGGAUGACGUGACUGAUCGCGUCACGCUGCAUAUCUGCUCCAAGACGAGGAAAGCUAUCUGCAAAACAUAUGACGUAAAAGACCCCAAGUGUUCAGCAAAACCAGCAGAUUGGAAGUAUUUGUCCUGCAUCUCGUCCUCCUGGCCUGUGCUCACCUGCUCUGUGAAAGUGGAUCUGCAGAUCCCAGUGACUGAGUCAUCAUCAGAGAAGUGUAUGAAGCAUGGACUCGGGAGGUGGGCUAAACAGAUUGAGGCUGGUCUUUGUCUCAUUAAUGGCAGACCUGCAUCAGACGACUCAGAGCUGCUGUCAGGAUCAAAAAAGAGCACGAAGAUGAGCCAGCAGGCGCUUCAGGUGCAGAUUCUGGUCACAGAGGAGGAUCCUGUUCAGAGGUGCAGUGCUGUGGUGCAGGCGAGCAGCGGGUCAGUGCAUGUGAGAGGGACCGUUCACUGCAGAGCAUACAUCCACACCAACAAGCCCAGAACCAGACACGCUGCUCAGGCUAUUAAGAGGGACGUAGUGAACACGGUAUCAAACCGAGUGGAGAUGCUUCUGGAGGAUCUGCAGAUGAAUGAAGGAGGUCCUGCCAGUGAGCAGCAGGAUCUUCCUCGGCGAGUGUUUGCCCCUCUGCCCGGCUCCGGCCUGACCGUAUGUGACUACAUGUUCCCGGACGAGACUGCCGCAGACGUAGCUGAGAGGCUCAAAGAGAUGCUGGACUGGGAAUCGGCCGAGGAGGACAUAGACACCAGUGUGGAGUCUCCAGCAUGUCGCUCUGCGUCUGUUUUGGAAGCUGAUGAAGGGCGUGAUGAUGGAGCCGCUCAGGAUGUGCCAAUAGAAUCCAUGACUGAACCAGUGAAGCAGCAGAAAACUUCACAGUACUAUGCUGGUGUGGCCGUGGCAGCUGCCGUCGCUCUCCUCGCCACAGCAACAUCCCUGCUCUAUCUAAACGAGUAACCAUGAGGAUGCUCACAAACAAGAAGCUGUUCAUUUCAAUUUAAUUUGGGCAGAAUCUCAGACAGCUCCCUGCUCCCUAUGUAGUGCACUACAUAGGUCAUGAAAUAAUGUGGCUGCUUACACAUCGCUGCUGUCGGAAGAAAUUUUUGUAUCUCCAUUUUUGAUGUUUUUCAGUUUUUUACAUAAUUUGAAAGUAGCUGUUGCCUAUUAGAUGGUGUGUAAAUUUCAUGGUGAAUGGACUCAAAGA